GUUAUGCCUCGUUCAGCGCUAGUAGGGGCUGCCAUCUUGUGGUCAAGCGGGCUUUUCAUCGCUUGCAGUGCCAGUGCUUUUCAUGCUUCUGGGACUGCUGCUGGUGCUCCUAGUACAACAUUCACCGCCAAGGAUGAAGGACAAGACCGAGAUCCUCUCGAACAACGUCUGGCCUCACUCUUAAGAAAUGCUCGCAGUCGACACAUCCGC